AUGUCACCAAAUCAGUGGCCUCGAUGGAAUGAGAAUCCGGGACAAUUAACAGCAAGGGGCAUUAAAGUUGAAGGUUUAAUUGCUUCCUAUUUUUCCCAGUGGUUUACUAAAAAUAAUGUACUUCCAAGCUGCCCAAGUGAUAAAGAAUUCUUUGCUUACGCUGAUUCUGUACAGAGAACUAUUGUUUCAGCGGAAGCAUUUGUUAAAAAAGCCUUCCCAAAUUGCAAUAUUAUUGUUCAUCAUAGUUCAAACACCCCUGAUCCAAUAUUUAAUCCAAUUAUACAUAAUGGCAGUGUUAUUUUCCAAAAAAUAGCAGAACAACAGAUGCAAGUAUCUAUUAAUGAACUAAAAUUAAACAGUUCAUAUAUUGAACUUAAUUCAAUUCUCAAUUAUUCAGAAUCUGAAUAUUGUAAGAAGGAAAAUAAAUGUGAUUUAUCCCAAGAACAUAAUACACCAUAUGUAAGGGUAAAAUAUAAGCCAAAAGUAUCUGGAGGUUUAAAGAAAGGUAACGAAGCAAUUGAUGGGUUUUUAAUGGCUUUGUAUAAUGGUUUUCCUCAAGAAGAGGUCGCUUGGGGCAAGUUAAAAAGUCUCGAUCAAUGGAAAGUCAUAAUGCAAAUUGCCGAAGGUUAUCACAAUGUUGUAUACAAAACAGAAUCCAUUGCUAAAGACUUAGCCGGCCCGUUGUUGAGUUAUAUGAAAGAUAUUUUUGUAAAGACAAAUACUAAAGUAACAUUAGUUAUGGGACAUGAUAUAAAUAUUAAUGUACUAUUGAAUGUUAUGUCGUUUAAAGAUCGCUAUCUCCGAAACAGUCUAGUAUCGACACCCUUUAGCGGUAAAGUUGUAUUUCAGAAAUGGUUUGAUUUUAAUUUGGGUAAAUAUUUAUUGAAAGUUGAAUAUAUAUAUCAAAGUACGGAUCAGAUAAGAAAUGCUUUGCCGUUGUCAAUGAAAAAACCGCCAGAAAUUCAUUUAAUGGAGAUGAAUAAUUGUAGAAUUGAUAGCCAGGGCUUCUGUUUGUGGGAUGAUUUUAAAAUGGUGCGCACGUACAAACCCAAAACUGAUAGAAAAAAUAUUAAUGAAGAAAACAUUGAAGACGCAAUACGUGAAGUAUUGUCAAAGACUUUAUCUAUACGCAAAGCAGCCGACAAAUAUAGCAUCCAAACUGCGACCCUACAACAUCGCAUAGAAAAAGCCAGAAAAUCAUUUGAAGCUACCAGAAUAUUAUCUACAAAUGAAGCAUCCUCUUCAUUACAAGCAGAAUCUUCUUUAUCACAAGAAGAAUCUUCUUUAUCACAAGCAGGUCCAUCUUCACCACAAAUAGCACCAUCUAUGGAGAUGGCAAAAAUAGCGUCAUCUUCAGCACACACUACUACUGCAGCUUUAUCAUCACACACUGCUACAGCUACUUCAUCAAACAUCUAUGGUUCCAAGUAUACCGUUGCACAAGUUUUUUCAAUCGAACAAGAAAAGGCAUUGACUCAAUAUUUAUUGAAUUGCAGUAAAAUGCACUACGGCAUUACAUUGAGACAGCUUUUGACUUUGGCAUACGAGUUCGCAGAAUCCUCAGGGUGUAAUUAUCCAAAACCCUGGAAAAAAACAAAUGCGCUGGAAAAGAUUGGGCAGCUGGCUUCAGGAAGAGAAACUCAGAAUUGA